ACGACGUUCAAAACGUUAAUGGUUCACAUGGAUAUAGGUAUUGUUAGGGUGGCGGUGUCACGACGGGACGCUAGGGCGGAAACGCUCUCUGAUGGACAUUGAAGCUUCACAGGGCGGGCGGACAUUAAACAAGAUAUAUUGCCCAGAUCCCCGUAGCCGUAAUAAGCAGUAGAAUAGAAAUAUAGAAAUAAUACCUAGCACCGCCCAUCCCAUCCUAAAGUUCCACGAUCUGAUCUGCUGCUAGCGCCAUCCGAGCACAAGUCUUGGCACAUCUUCCCAGCUUGGGCUUCAUCCAUCCAUCCAGCAACUUCAGGCAAGGUCUCAAGGUCACCGUUGCGCAGGCUCUGAACACUCCAUUCACCCGCCGUGGUACAUCACUAUACUCCCCCUUUUUCCCAUAUCUACGCCGUUCAUACCACGCCCUCACUGCUUGCAUCGGGGUAAAACUUCCUAUCCACUUCUCAUCGAUCUCCGCCGUUCCGCCUCCGCCUUUCCCAUUACUGACUGACCUGGUCCAAGGGCAGCUCCCGUCUAUGAAGCAACCAUGACGUCGCGAAAAACACAGCAGGAAAUUGACAAAACCUUCAAGAAGGUAGCUGAGGGCAUACAGUCAUUUGAGGGAAUAUACGACAAGAUUAAAUCAUCGUCAAACGCUGCACAAAGAGACAAGCUAGAAGACAACCUGAAACGUGAAAUCAAGAAGCUUCAACGGUUCCGCGAUCAGAUUAAAACAUGGGCUGCAGGAAACGAAGUCAAGGACAAAGGCCCUUUGCUAGAGCAGCGGAGGGCCAUUGAAACCUGCAUGGAACAAUUCAAAGCUGUUGAAAAGGAGAUGAAGACUAAGGCCUAUUCAAAAGAAGGCCUAUCAGCAGCAGCUCGAUUAGACCCCAAGGAAAAGGAGAAAGCUGAAACAUGCGACUUCCUCUCGUCAACCGUCGAUACCCUUCAACAGAAGAUUGAGGCCAUGGAGGCCGAGGAGGAGAUGAUACAGGCCUCGUUAAAGAAGGGAAAGAAGGAUACUGCAAAGACUACCCGGCUAUCUGAUAUUACGAGGAUCCUAGAGCGGCAUCGGUGGCAUGUGACCAAACUAGAACUACUCCUACGGUGUCUGCAAAAUGGAAAUGUUGAGACAAGCCAAGUGCUCGACAUCAAGGAUAGCAUCAAAUAUUUUGCAGAUGAUGGCCAUAAUGCGGAUUUCUGCGGAGAAGACGAGACGAUAUACGACGACAUAACGCUAGGGGAUGACGAGUUUGGCAUACCCACUGAUAAUGACCGGGUCUCAUCACAGGAUACUCAGUCGAUACAGGAUGAUGAUGCGGAAACUGCGAGGUCGAAGACGAAAACAGAUCCUGGGCCCGCGCGAAGGCCAUCGACGCAGAUGAAGUCUCCGCUCCCAGUUUUGGCUACUCUUCACAACGGACCCUCGUCUGUCGCUUCCAGUUCCAUGAAGCCCGCUCCUCUACCGACACGAUUACCAGGAGAAACACUGAAAUACGCCUCUGCGGCUGCUGCGGCCGCGGCUAGUGACAAGAGUGGCGUUGGGAUAGCUCCUCUACCACCCCCACCUGGAACAACAUCUUCAACUGCCUCGCCGCAAGUACAUCAUGCACAACCUGUGCAAACGCUGGCAUCUGCCGCUCCCAGUGUGGAUGGUUCAGCUAGCCAACAACAAGCCAAAUCUCCAACGUUAAGUCCUAGUAUUCCCACGAGUAGGCCUUCAACGGUUCCGCCAACACCAGCAACGGAUAAUGUAGAGACCGUGCCUCAAGAAGAGCAUAUAGUGACAACAACAAAUGGCGAGCCGAGGGAAGCUGCCGCUCCUGCUGCCGCUCCUACUCCCGCACCCGCGGCUAGUCCCACUCCGGCCCAAAAUGACGAGUCCGUCUACCACCUACCGCCCGGCCUUCAAGACCUAAUUCAAUCCUUCGAAAUCACCAAAUCCAGAGUAUCCGUCAACCCGUCGACAUCGGUUCAACGACUCCUAACAGCGUCGCACCACACCUGCCCAGAGCCCGGCGAUGCGGAGAAGCCACGCCACUACAAGCCGCAAACACCCUACAACACCCCUCUCUACUACCCGCAGGAAGCGCUUCCAAUAUUCGAUGACCCACGAUUAUAUGAGACGGGCCGCAUCGAUACAGAUACGCUAUUCUAUAUAUUCUACUAUCGGCAGGCGACUUAUCAGCAGUAUUUAGCGGCGAAGUCAUUGAAGAAUCAGAGCUGGCGGUUCCAUAAGCAGUACCAAACGUGGUUUCAGCGGCAUGAGGAGCCGAAAACAAUUACUGAGGAGUUUGAGCAAGGAACGUAUCGGUUCUUUGAUUAUGAGAGUACAUGGAUGAACCGUCGAAAAGCUGACUUCAAGUUCGUCUACAAGUUCCUCGAAGACGACCUGUAAAUGACAGAAAACCAAGAAGAAAUAGGGAAACAAGGACGACAUCCUUUGUUUUAGCGGAAUAUUUAGGUUUUAUGCAAAGGCCCAGGCACCUAAAUAUUGUUGUACUCUUCUAAACCAGAACUUUGGCGUACAUACAACACCCAGUUGAAUGAACUUGACUCUGUUUCUCAACCUCCUUGCCCUUUCCGUCCCAUCAUCCGUUCAUUCAACCACCCCUAUACACGACAUUCUCACAAUACACACGCACACACCACAUGCGCACACAGCACCCACGCUCCCUCUCUUCCCCCCCCCCCCCCCUCCCACCAUCUUCAUCUCUCUUUGUACUUUCAACCUCACCCCCUGCUUUUGCUUCUACGUCUUCUGCUUUUCGUUUGGGUUCUCUGUUUUCUCUUUCUCAGCAAACGGCCUUGUGGUUGUGGGUGGUGUUUGGAAAGGGCACGAAUGUGUUUUUCUUUUUCACUACUAACCUUACUUACUGCUGGAAAGCAAUUGCUAUGCAGGUUGGGUUAGGCUUAGGCUAGGCUAGGCUAGGUUUUUUUUAGGCUGUGCCGGGCGGCCAGGCUGGGGUUCCGCGUUUUUGCUCCACUUGUUGCUAUUUCUGUUCUGCCUUUUUCUUUUUCUCCCCCGUUUCGUAUCUCGGUUAUGUGACUGGGUAGGUUAAUUUUUUUAAGUACAUUAAUCGAUCGUGGGAUGUGGGAUCUUCUAUUCUACUUUUUUUUCUUUGCUUGCGGAUGGAUGGAUUGGAUUAUCCGGUCUCCCAGGUGGUGUGUGCAUUAUGAAGCUAGCGAGAAAUGAGAGAGGAGAAGAGAGAGGAGAAAAGAGAAUACAAUUGUUCACCCCUUCUCCCAAGUGGUGUUUAUGCAUGUUACGGCUGCUUAUACCGUGGGAUCAGCUACGCUGCUGAUACACGAACACACACUUGUCUUCUCCUCUUUACGAGGUUAGGUAUAAUAAUAAGUAUGUAUAUCUCUAUAUUACACAUACUACUAUCCGCCUGCACAAUACUAUGUGCAAGAAGCAAGGUCGAGUCCGUCACCCACUAACCUCCGAUUCUAUUUUACCAAAUGGGUAAGGCGAGAGGGUUUUCCUCAUCCGUCUUCGCGAGUUCUAAUUAUGUCGGCGGACAUUAACAGAGAUUGCGUUUCCCCCGCCUGGAGGGUUGGCUGGUUAUACCUACUCAUGGGAUCAAAACAGUUAUUCUAAUCCUAUACCUAUCAGUCCAACAAACCCAUUCAGCUCGCUUCCUCAUUCAUUUAUUUAUUUCCCGUUGUACGAAACUAUACUGCACACACCUUAACCAUGCUCAAUCAGCCUCCUCCGUCCAGCCCAAUGUAUUUGCUGUGUUGUACAUACAUUGGCAAAUACAUCUGCAUGAGCAUUGUAAUGUAUGUGCAGUAUAUCCUGAACAUAUAAUAAUAGCAUUUAUACACGUGUAGAACCGGGUGGGUGCAUACAUAAUAGAAUGCCUCUGGUGGAUGUAACGUGUGUUCAAGGGUAUAAAUAUACGUAAAGCACAUGUUGCAUGCAUCCCUGGGGAUGUAAAUAUCAGCGUACAGAGCUGACCUUAACAGCUGAGAAUUCGGGGCACGCUUUGCUAUGCGGGAUGGAUUCAGGGAUUCUUUUACUUCAAACGCUUCUCUUGAGAAAUGGAUUACAUACAUAUAGUAAUGCCAGGAUAGUACAUAUAU